CCUCCCUUAUCUCAAAGUAUUGUUUUGACGUUGUCAUUUUACUCGAUUUCACGAAUAAUAUUAGUUUAUCAGCGGGUAACUUAAAUUCAGUAAGAGGGGGUGAUUAUUUGGCUUUUUGUAGGUUAUCAUGGCAUCACAGAUGAAGGAUGUUGAAAUUCCAGAAAAAGCACUGAAAGAAUUACUGUUAUCAAAACAUGCGGAUUAUAUCAGUGCUUAUGGUACAAAGAAAGAUGAUUAUGAGUAUGUUAUGACAGAGUUUUUACGUAUGAAUGGUAUAUACUGGGGUUUAACAGCAAUGGAUUUAAUGAAUCAGUUAGAUAGAAUGAAUAAAGAAGAAGUUAUAGGUUUUCUUAAACAAUGUCAACAUGAAUCAGGCGGUAUAGCCUGUAGUGUGGGACAUGAUCCACAUUUACUCUGUACUUUGAGUGCUAUACAGAUUUUAACAUUAUACGAUGCUCAAGAUGCUGUAGAUACAGAAAAGGUCAUAGAAUGGGUCAAGAGUUUACAACAAGACAAUGGUUGUUUCUAUGGUGAUAAAUGGGGUGAAGUUGAUACCAGAUUUUCAUUUUGUGCUGUUGCCUGUCUUUCAUUACUUGGUAAAUUAGAAUGUAUAAAUGUAGAUAAAGCUGUAGAAUUUGUUGUAUCAUGUAUGAAUUAUGAUGGAGGAUUUGGUUGUCGUCCUGGAAGUGAAACACAUGCUGGACAGGUAUAUUGUUGUGUUGGUAUGUUAGCUAUAACAGGUUGUUUACAUUAUGUUGAUGCUGAUUUAUUAGGUUGGUGGUUGUGUGAAAGACAAUUACCAUCAGGUGGUUUAAAUGGUCGACCUGAGAAAUUACCAGACGUGUGUUAUUCAUGGUGGGUUUUAGCUUCAUUAAAAAUAAUUGAUAGAUUACACUGGAUUGAUAAAGAUUCUUUAAUUGCAUUUAUUCUGGCAUCACAAGAUGAUGAAACUGGUGGAUUCGCUGAUAGACCUGGUGAUAUGGUGGAUCCAUUCCAUACCUUAUUUGGUCUGUGUGGACUGUCGUUACUAGGCAACAAAUCAGUGAAAACAAUUAACCCAGUAUUCUGUAUGCCUGAAGAGACAAUACAAAGAGUUGGAAUUCAACUUGAUCUUCUCUGAUGGUCACAAUGUAUAUAUCUCAUAAGACUUCAAUAAAUGAUCACAAAGUGAACAGGCAAACAUCUAAACAGAUAUACAAUUCGUAUUUAGUUCCUCAAAAAGUCAGGGAUAUGUUCUUUGAGGAACUUACAGCCCAGAAAUUGGAGAAAUUAUAUGGAGUAUCCAGUUAUUUAACUAAAGAAAAGUAUUUUAUAGUUAAAAACAGAACAGAUAUAAAAGAACAUAUUAAAAAUACUGAUUGUAAGGAAGUACUAUAGUGAUGUCUGUCUCUCACUUUCUAAACUCUACAUCACGUCAACAAUGUUUUAGAUCUCUAGUAUUUUUUAUUCCAAAAGAUGAGUGGAUAUCUAAUAAAUGGGCUGCAUUAGUGUUGUGUGGAUAAAAAUUGUUUAAACAUACAGUAUGCAAGAGCGAAAUCUGCCUAUUGCAGGUCUUUCUUUAGGCCUGAAAUGUUAUCUAAAUUAUUAAUUAGACAUUAAUUAACUUAUCCAGACCAUAAUCAACUCUCGAUGUCAUCGCUAGCCUGCGAUAUUUACUGGAUUAGGAUCCAGUCUGCUGCUCUACGCUCAUUCAUGAUUAAAUCAAGAAAUGGAUAAUCGAGACUAUGUAUUUUAUCGUACCAACUUUAGUGAUGAUGAUCGAGGUUAGGCCCAAAAUUCAAUCGCUAAAAUUCUCGGUUCAGAGUGGAUCAAUUUGACUAAAAUUUUCAGCAAAUUCCCUUUACAUUAUCUAGUUUUUAACUAUUAUAGUAAGAACUGCCAGCUCUUUAACUAAUCUCCCAUAAUGUACCUUAAAUAACUAAACUAGUGAAUAGAAAUAAAACAAAAUAUAAAAGGGAAAUAUUUUUAUAAGUUUGAUCUGAAAGAUUAGGCUCUACAAGUGAAAAGAUUAUAAAAAGAUGAUGAAUUUUGUUAUGUAAUGCUAAAGUUUUUAUUUAACAAAUCAACAAUUGUAUUUUAGACUCUUAUCAUCCAGCCCAACUAUAUAUUUAAUGAAUUUUGCGGUAGGAUAUGCACUCAAGAUAUUGGUUUCUUGAUCAUGACUAAUAGAAACGAAAGGAGAUUGGUCUGAAAAGAUGAAUCCAGAUAUUACCAUUAUAAAUAAAAACAGGUGAUAUACCAUCAUGUAUAAAAUACAAAAGCAAUAAUGUUUGUAAAUUUUGAUAAUUUAUAUAAAAUUAUUAUAUAUGACUGAA